ACUUGAACAGCCUUGACCAUCUACCUUACCUUGCCUUACCUCACUCAGACCUUUGUGCCUUGCGUCCUAGAGGUGAAAGGUACUAGGCUCUUCAGCUGCAAGGUACUUGGCGACCAUCUAUCUAGUUGGGGCUAAGUUAUCGCAGCGACGCCUACUUCGGCUUGGUUGUUUUCGCAGCGUAAGCUUCCUUCUUGACAACAUUUUCCUUUCUUCAUUACAUCUUCUUUUCUUAUCCUCCUUCCAUCGCCAGGUUCGCCCAACCGUCGCUUCUUCAGCUAGGCCAGUCCUUCUGUGUUUACUUAUCGUCUCUAUUUCUUCCAAAGCAACAGUCAGUCAUGGCUAGCGAGGAAAGACCGUUGGGCGUGACGCCGCCCAUCUCCACUGCUCUUCCCACUGAGGCGGAAAACCAAGCGAAGGAGACGCUCCUGCAAGAGUUGAGGAAGCAGAAUACCUUCGAGAGCGCUGCGGAUACCGAAAAGAGAGAGGAUGUUCUCAGGCAUCUCCAGCUGAUUUGCGACGAAUUUGUAAAACGAGUGGCCCGGAAGAGGGAGGCAGGCAACGAAGCUCUCAUCAGAGAUGCCAGGGGAAAGAUCUUCACAUAUGGCAGUUAUCGUUUGGGCGUCUUUGGUCCUGGCUCCGAUAUCGACACCCUCGUCGUCGCCCCGAAAUACGUUACCCGCGCCGACUACUUCGAAAUCUUCCCCAACCUGCUGAAGGAAAUGGCGCCUCCUGGUUCAAUUACAGACAUGGCUGUGGUAGCCGACGCCUUCGUUCCGAUUAUCAAAUUCGAGUUUUCCGGCAUCAGCAUCGACCUGAUCUUCUCUCGCAUUGCCAUGCUAAAGCAGUUAAACAAGGAGUUCAGUGUUCAGGACUCCAGCCUGCUUCGAGGGCUGGACGAGGCGGAGCUGCGAUCGCUCAAUGGCACACGAGUCACAGACGAGAUUCUCAGCUUGGUUCCCGAGGAAACCACCUUCAAGUUGGCCUUGCGUGCUAUCAAGCUUUGGGCACAGCGCCGGGCUAUCUACGCCAACAUCAUGGGAUUUCCUGGUGGCGUGGCUUGGGCUAUGCUGGUUGCCCGCGUCUGCCAGCUAUAUCCCAAGGCCGCAAGCUCUGUCAUCGUCAAUAAAUUCUUCCACAUCAUGCGCCGGUGGCCAUGGCCGCAGCCUGUCCUUCUGAAGCACGUUGAACCCGGCCCGUUGCAGGUCCGCGUUUGGAACCCCAAGUUGUACAAGGGAGAUCAAUUCCAUCUCAUGCCCGUCAUCACCCCCGCCUACCCUUCCAUGUGCGCCACUUACAACAUUACCCGGUCAGCAAUGACUGUCAUCUCGCAAGAGCUCUCCAGAGGGUGCGACAUUACCGACAACAUUAUGAUGGGCAAAAGCCCCUGGAGCGAUCUGUUUGUCAAGCACACCUUCUUCACCAAGGGAUACAAGUACUACAUCUCAGUCAUCACUGCCAGCACAGACAAGGAAGCACACAAGGUCUGGUCAGGCUAUGUGGAAUCCAAGGUCCGUGUUUUGGUUCAAGGCUUGGAACAGCACGCAUCGAUAGCUUUGGCCCAUGCAUUCAACAAAGGUUACGAGCGUCGGCACAGAUGCGCAAACGAGGGAGAAGUUUCCCAGGUUCAAGCUGGAAGUUUCUCGUUCCUAGCAAAGGACAGCGACAUCAAACAAGAGGUCAUCAAGGAAGAGGUCAAGGAAGAAGUCAAGACAGAGGUCAAAGUGGAAACGGUUGACACGAAACCCGAAUUGGGAAGCAUCCCAGGGCUCAAGACGGAAUCCAAUGACAUACCUGGGCUUAAGGCUGAAGAAGAUGAGACACAGCCAGGAGUGAAGAUGGAAGGAAUCAAGCCGGAAGGCGAUGAGUCCAAUGCUCUCAGUCCGAUACCGAAGCAUAACCCUUACACAGACGUCUUCACCACCACACACUACAUCGGGCUGACCCUCAGCGACGGUAAGUCCGCUCACGACAACAAAUUCGAAACCCGGGCUUUUCACGCUUCCCCCCUGUUUGGCUCAAAGUAGCAUGGAAGCUGACUAUCUAGGUGCGAAAUCGCUUGAUCUGUCUUAUCAGGUCGAGAACUUCAAAGCUCUAUGUACGCAGUGGGAGAAGUAUGAUGCGACUCUCAACUCAUUGAAUGUCCAGCAUGUGCGGAGGUAGGCGAAAAAGACAGAUAUGCUCCCUUUGAUGGUAUUCGCUAAGUUCAGCAUAGCUUCAACCUUCCCGACGACGUCUUUGAUCCCAACGAAACGAAGCCUCAGAAGCCUCAGAAGAAGCGUGUCAACCCGAACGUUAAUCC